AUGUCUGAAGCAGCGACUUACGAAAUUGUGGAGCGGGACGAAGCGGGGAACAUCACGACUACGUACCUUGCGUCGGGAGGAUCGCGGGUUGAUGUCAUUCGUCCCAAGGAAACGAAGAGCUAUGUUCAACAAGUACUCGAUGUCUUCCUUCCAGCUGGGUUUCCGCAGAGUGUAACGGAGGAUUAUAUCCAGUAUCAGAUCUAUGACUCCCUUCAAGCGUUUUCGUCUUCAAUAGCUGGUAUGCUAGCCUCACGAGCUGUUCUCGAAGGUGUUGGUGUCGGAGACGCAAAUGCCUCACCAACAGCCGCACUACUCCUCUCCGUGCUGCAAGAGUCAAUGGGCAGGAUCGCAACAAUCCUGUUCGCGCAUAGACUUGGCACAGCGCUUGAACCAGAGUGUAAGAUAUACCGGCUUGCUGCUGAUGUAUUCAACGAUACUGCUAUGAUUCUCGAUUGUCUCUCGCCUGCCUUUCCAAAGCCAAUCCGCGUAUUGGUGCUGGGCUUCUCAAGUGUGCUGCGAUCGCUCUGUGGCGUCUGCGCUGGAAGUGCAAAGGCGAGUCUUAGUGCGCAUUUUGCGAAGAGGGGGAAUCUAGGUGAGCUCAACGCUAAAGAUUCGAGCCAAGAAACGGUCAUAUCACUUCUUGGCAUGCUAGCAGGCAGCGUUGUGGUAUCGUGGGUAUCGACACCAAUUGCAACAUGGACGACUCUUAUCGCGCUGCUAUCUAUUCACCUGGCAACAAAUUACGCUGCAGUGAAGGCCGUCAGCAUGCGCUGCUUGAACCGGCAACGCGCCAACAUCGUCUUCAGCAGCAUCCUUCAGCACGGAGAAGUCCUGAGCCCAAGCGACGUGUCUAAGCGCGAGCGUGUCUUCGAACGCGAUGGUAUUUUACGCUGGGCGGACGACGAGAUAGUCGGAUACUGCAAAAUAGGCGUAUCGCUUGAAGCACUCUUAAGCCGCUUCGACCGAGGUCAUACGCUUACAGGCUCGGUAGACUUACGCAACAUGGGAAUGUCCGAAUUGCUACAUGUCUUCGCUGACGAGGCCUAUAUCCUCUGGCCUGCUUUAUCAGACGAUAACGCUCUGAUCGUUCUGAAAGAAGGAUGCACUCCGAUUGACCAGCUCAAAGCAUGGACACAUGCAUUGUUGCUGGCAAGAAGGGCCCGGGGCGAAAUGGGUAAGCCGGAUGCCGAUGGGGCAUCCCGCCUUGCUGAGCUGAGACGGACGUUGGAGACUACGCGCGGACUGUUCGCAGAAUCUUCUAAAGCGCUGAGACAGAGGGGAUGGGAAUUGGAAGUCGCUGCUCUCGAGACGAGGGCUGGCACGCGAGCAGAGAUCAGAAGCCAAAAGAAAUCAUGA